AUGGGUUGGCUGAAGAUCAAGCAUCAAGCACUGGUUUCACACUUCACCGAACAGCCCGAUCGCGCUGUCUCAUUGAAAUCUCAGGGAGAUACUCUAGGCGCUGCGUUGCAGACGGUUCAAGAGCCGCUUUCCGACCUUGCGAGCCUCAAGCCAAGCAUACAACACAUCGAAUCUAUCUCCACCGAGCAGGUGACAGCGCUGCCACCGCAAGUCAGACCAUUUGCGAGCACCGAUACGCCUGAUAAAGACCUUCCAUUCAUCCCCAGUAGCGAGAUCAAGGCGAAGCAGAUCCAGAAAGACGUGCCAGAGCGUAUUUGGAUAGUUAUAGACACCAUUGUAUAUGACUGUUCCGUCUUCGUUAACAAUCAUCCUGGAGGCGAUACUGUCAUAAAGGCCUUCACCGGCUCGGACUGCUCAUGGCAGUUCUGGCGAUUCCAUGGCAAGGAGCACCUGGAGGAGUUCGGAAGAUCACUCCGCAUUGGCAGGACUGCGAAGAUCCAGAAUCGGUUUCAGGAGCCGCCGAAGUAUGUUGGGCUGAGACGAUUCAAUAGCGACGCGGAUGAGUGGUAA